CGGGGAACUGUGUGAGGGGUAGGGGAAACUUUGAAAGUUGGAUGCUGCAGACCCGCUUUUUUUCAAGGUUCUUCUUUAUCUUGCUGCAUCUGAAGGCAUGGGUAGCAAGAAACUAAGACGAGUGGGUUUAUCACAAGAGCUGUGUGACCGUCUGAACAGACAUCAGAUUGUUACCUGUCAGGACUUUCUAUGUCUUUCCCCACUGGAGCUUAUGAAGAUGACUGGCCUUAGUUAUCAAGGUGCCCAUGAACUUUUGUGUGUGGUUAGCAGGGCCUGUGCCCCACAGAUGCAAACGGCUUAUGAGAUAAAGACACAGAGGUCUGCUGCUCCAUCACCAGCAUUUUUAUCGACAACCCUCUCUGCUUUAGAUGAAGCCCUGCAUGGUGGUGUAGCUUGUGGAUCCCUCACAGAGAUUACAGGUCCACCAGGUUGUGGAAAAACACAGUUUUGUAUAAUGAUGAGCAUUUUGGCUACAUUACCUACCAACAUGGGAGGAUUAGAAGGAGCUGUUGUGUACAUUGACACAGAGUCAGCAUUUAGUGCUGAAAGACUGGUUGAGAUAGCAGAAUCUCGUUUUCCCAGAUAUUUUAACACUGAAGAAAAAUUACUUUUGACAAGCAGUAAAGUUCAUCUUUAUCGGGAACUCAGCUGUGAUGAAGUUCUACAAAGGAUUGAAUCCUUGGAAGAAGAAAUUAUUUCAAAAGGAGUUAAACUUGUGAUUAUCGACUCUGUUGCUUCUGUGGUAAGAAAGGAGUUUGAUACACAGCUUCAGGGCAACAUGAGAGAAAGGAACAAGUUCUUGGCAAGAGAAGCAGCCUCUUUAAAGUAUUUGGCUGAGGAAUUUUCAAUCCCAGUUAUCUUGACGAAUCAAAUUACAACCCAUCUGAGUGGAGCCCUAGCUUCUCAGGCAGACCUGGUGUCUCCAGCUGAUGAUUUGUCCCUGUCUGAAGGCGUCUAUCACCUCCACCUAAGGCUCGUCACUCCUCUGCAUUUCUGGAUCCAGCUGUGUGACAGCUGCACUAGGAAACACCUGGAGUCACAGUGUGAACACCCGGCUGAUUCUCCAGUACCUUGGUUCAGGGAGAAGACAGAUUCUCAUUGCCAAGUCCCCUCUGGCGACCUUCACCACAUUUGUCUACACCAUCGAGAAGGAAGGCCUGGUUCUUCAAGACCAACAGAGGCCAUAGGGACACUAUGACCUUUGUCUAGAGCUGAUGGGGGCGUGAUUUGUGAAAUGAAACAGGACCGGGCUGCUUGGAAGAAGGAAACGGAAGCCAACAUAAUGGGGAUUAAUUAGUUGAUUGCUGUUGAGAUGGUAACAGAUUUGCACCCCCCUCCUUACCAUUGAGCCAGCCAUCUCAGACCUAGCAGGGAAGGUGAAGAUGAAGAGGCCUUUGUUCGGGCCUCUAGAUGCUUGGGGCUGUAGGCUUUGCCGCCAUGGGAUGGCAACAGCCAUAAUAAUAAUAAUUUGCACUUAUAUAGCGCCUUUCAACCAGGCACCUCAAAGCGGUUUAACCACAUUAAUUAAUUAAAGCCCACAAUCCCCCUGGGGAGAGGAGGAGGAUGACUAACAGGGUUUGUAAUUACAGGAGGGAACAUUUCCGAAUAAAGUAU